AUGGCUUCCUUGCUUCAGCAGCCUGAGCUUGCUUCAGGUACCGACAGCGUCUCUUCGUCACCUGAAGCCCACGCGAUUAGCGGUACUGGUUCCCUCGCGACAAACCACCAGCCUCUCGCCGACCACCACCACCACCACGCCUACGACUACGACCUCACAAAAGUUAAAUAUCCAGCUGUAGGCCUCGCCCGGACUCGUCCCACGCGCCAAGUUAAUCAGCCGGAUCGUUUCAAUCCUUCGGGAGACAAUACCUUUGCUGAAACUGACGCAAAGCUCUGGCAAAUAUAUACAGGCGAUCGCAGCCGAACCUACCUGGACGCCAAGGGUUACUACCGCACAGCCAAAGCCAUGAUCGUCGAGCGCAAGAUCAAGCUCGUCACUGAGCAGCACAACAUCCCGAAGCCCUCGCCUGUCGAGGGUUUCCCGAUGAAGGAGUGGAACAUCGAGGUGUACAUCCUGGACGAGAAUGGCAAGGAGAAGCCUGCCAACUGCUUCACGAAGGUGACCUACAACCUUCACCCCUCCUUCGAAAACCCCGUACAGAGUCAGUCUCUUCUCCCUCCAUUGGUCAUAUACAACUCAGUUUUCGCUGACCCACAGCUAGCCUUCCACGAGCCGCCGUUCAAGUGCAGCAACGAGGGAUGGGGAGAGUUCGACCUCUCGGUCGAUUGCUACACGACCGAGAAGGGCGGCAAGAUCACCGUCAUGCACGAUCUCAACUUCGCCCAGCCGACGUACGAGAACAUCCAGACGGUCCAGUUCAAGAACCCUUCGCAGGCCCUGCAGGCUAUCCUGCGCGAGACGGGCCCGCUCCCUUCGGACGAGGACCGCAAGGGCCGCAAGGCUGGCCAGGACGGUGCCGGCGGCAAGAAGAAGAAGUCGUUUGACGUGGAGAAGAUGGCGGAUGCCAUUACCAAGCUGGGCGAGGACGACCUUAUGCAGGUCAUACAGCUGAUCCACGACCACAAGAGCGAUGACACGUACAUCCUCAACAACGUCGAGGUGCGUGUCCACCCCCCAGCCGGAGAGUUCUCGGUCGACCUCUACACCGUCCCGGAUGCCCUGGGCAAGAUGCUCUGGGACUACAUCCUCACCACCAACCAGGCCCACCGCCUGAAAUAA